CCCGCCGGAAGGAUGCCUUGGCGUCCCUGCGGCCAGCGCGGUUGCUAUGACGCUCCGGCCUGAGAAGGCACCUGCAGCUGGCAGCGGAGCAGCGGUGGAGGAGCCGUGCGACUCGGGACUCCCCAAAAGACAAUUUCCGACCUGGUUCCUGAGGUUCCCCCUGUUCCCGCUUCAGCCCCGAGGAGGAAAGCGCCUACUCCCCGUCCCUUUUCAGCAUUCUACGUCUUUCCCGCUCGUCUCCCCAGUAUGGCCUGAAACGGGAGAGCCUGUCGCAGCUCUGCCUUUGUAGUCGCGGGCUGGAGUGAAACCGCCUGAAGAAGGGCUCGUCCGUCUCCUGGGACCCAGCCAACCCCAGGCCUUUAGGAUUAGGCUGCCUGUCUUACUGAGAGAGAGCUUGGAACCCCGUCAGUCAGCUAGGCGGGCGUUCCUUUUCCCACCGCCCAGGCGAAGACUCGGCCCUGCACCGACAACCGCGCCUGAAGGUCCCGGCCCGAACGAAGUCCUCGGAGCCACGGCUUCCCCUGGUUGUAGGCUGUUUUCUGCCUUUUCGCCUUAUGUUCAUCAUGCGGAACCUUAAUUCCCGAUGAAGCUCUGGAGGCCUUUUGUAUCUUCAGCCUCAGACGUCAUCAAAUAGAUCUGGAGCUUCACAGAGAUGGAUUAUUAUUUAAUGCUAACAAUCCCAUGAGAAUGAAGACAGGCUGAGCACUGCUACCAGAAAUUUAGAAGAGCUUACAGUGAAGCACACGGAAGCAAUGAAAGAAUUAAGAAAUUCAGAUUGCUUGGAAAUCACUCUGCUGUGUUUCAUCAUCUCAGCUCAGAUGGAAAAGUAUGCAAACCGUGUCCAUACCUUAACAGAGGAAAGAGAAACAUUGUCUCACGGUUGUGAAAAGGCAAACAAACAGUUUAGACAUGAGGUUAAAGUGCUCCAACCGAAACAGGAAGUGCAAAUAAAAGAGGUUGAAGAAAUGUUGUAUCAAGAGGGCUUAUCUGAAAUAGCUCUGAGCAGCCCCAGUGAACAGAUUGCAUACUUACUGGUAGAAAGAAGUACACUCUUGCAGAAACUGGAAGCCCGGGGCCCAAAGCCAGAGUCACAAAGGUGUAUGACCAGUAAAUUCCUGAAAGAACAUCCCCAGGAGAACUUUGAACAAAACCACCAGCCUCUGCGGAGAGAACAGGAGAAACAUCAGGAACAUGUGCAGCAGUCUAAAAAAAAUCUGAGAGAGUCCCACGAUGAAGACCUGGAAAAAGAUAAAACAUCACAAAACUGCCUAGAGAGAAAUGCAGAACAAGUAGCAGAGAGGUUAGGGAUGGCCCAAGAAGAAAUCCAAAGGCUCACUGAUGAGCUACAAGGGAAGGAGAAAGAACAGAGUAAAUUAGACUCUGCACUUAAGAAGGCUCAACUAGAAAUAGAACACUUGAAAGAAAAUUUGAUAAAGCUGAAAGAGAAUGAUUCAAUUGACCUACAGAAAGCAAAGGAACAUAAUCAGAGACUGGAUGAAGAAAUUCUGGCUUUAAGAAAUCGGGUUCGAUCACUUGACUCAGAAAAAAAAGCGCUUGGAGAAGUAGUUGAAAGGCUCAAAGGAAAGAUUCAUGAAUCUCAAGAGAAUAAGCAACUUGAAAACCACUCCCCUGGGAUAACUGUGGGUGCUGAACAGAGAGAACAGGAAGUAAAAGGAUGGAAAUUAAGAUCUGAGUGCCUACAGUGUUGUAAUGACUCUGCUGUGGGUUUGAUAGAACUCAUGUAAUGUUAACAGAAAAUUCUGGGAGAUUUUGAAAAUGAGCCAAGAAAAAAUUGACAUAUUUGAAAGUAAGUUGUCAGAAGAGAGAGAAAGGAGAAAGCAAUCGACAUCUGA